GUCCUUGGAUUCUGCCCUCCUCGUCUCCAGAAUCUGGAUCCUUCACUCCUUCCUUAUCUUGGUUUCGAAGCAGAAUUUUAGUACCAGUAAAAAACAUUUCCUCGCCGGUGCACUUUCCUCGCGCCGUUCGCCCUAACCCUCUCGCCACCCGGUUCACGAGCGACAGCCAGUCGCCGACUGCGUUUCGUGUUUUUCCCCGUUCGGUCGCGCUCGUGCUUCUUUCAUAUUUACUCCCAGAAUCCACGGGCUUUCUCCUCCCCACGAUAUGUCGACCACUCUUUCCCCGUUACAGUCCCUCUUGGCGUACGUUCAAGAAGCCACAGGACUUGCUCCGUCAACAACAGUCUCGUUAUUAGUCCUUAUCGCGUCAAUCAUCUACGCCGUCUUUUCUUAUGUCCAGCACCGCGCAGCCCCUGUCCCGCCGCCAGUCCCGGGCCCACCGGAGCCGAUUAAAAUAGGGGAAAUUACCCUCGAGGAGUUGAGCCAGUACAGCGGCAGCGACCCAGAGAAACCGAUUCUCUUGGCCAUUCGAGGGAAGAUCUACGACGUGACUCGCGGGAAGCACUUCUACGGCCCUGGAGGCCCCUAUGAGGUGUUUGCAGGCAAGGAAGCGAGCCGGGCGUUUGCCAAGAUGUCAACAGACCCAAAGGAUGCAGUGGCGGACCUGACGGGGCUGACUUACUCGGAGAUGGAGACUCUAAGGGACUGGGAGUCGUCGCUGCAGUUCAAAUACGAUGUGGUGGGCACAGUGCAGGGGAGCGAGGCAAGCGUGGGGGGGGCAGGGGGGGCAGACGGGGCAGGGGGGGCAGAAGAGGGGAGAGAAGGAAAAGAAGAUGUGGCAACGGGAGCGGCAGGAGUGGAAGGGGAGGGGGCGCAAGCAGGGGAGGAAGGGGCUGGAGUGGUGAAGGGAAGUGAGAGCUGAUGGGGAAAGUGAGAGCUUACUCUGAGAUGGAGGCUUUCAGAGACUGGAAAUCUUUGCUGCAGUUCACGUACGAUGUGGUGGGUACGGUGCAGGGCAGUAAGGCGGGCGUGGGGGGAGCAGGGGGGGUGCAAGAGACGACAGGAGGAGGAAAAGAAGGUCUAGCAGCGGGGGCAGUGGCAGCGGAAGGGGAGGGGGUGCAAGGAGGAGAGGAAGGGGCUGGAAGGGUCGAAGAAAGCGAGAGCUGUCUGGGCUUACCUACUCUAAGAUGGAGACUUUGGGGGCGAAGCGAGUGUCGCUGCAGUUAAAGUAUGUUGUGGUGGUGAUGGUCAAGGGGAGCGAAGCGAGUGUUGGUGGAGUGGGGGGGCACAAAGAGGAAGGGGGACAGGAGGGAGAAGCGGAUGCAAGUGCAGGAGCAGAAGCAGGGGAGGGAGAGCAAGGAGGGGAGGAAGGAGCUGCAGGGGCGUGCUUAGGUUACGCCCUGGCUGCUGUGAUGGUCUUGCACUGUGGCAAGGCAACUCUGAGACACAGACUGUAGUACCGGCACAUAAAGUUUUAGGGUUUCAGGAUUAGGGUUUACUGGACCUGCUGCAAC